AAUCAACUAUUUCUAAUACAAACAUGUAGAGAGUUAAUGAUGCAAAAUAUGUGUCGUAUGCAAAUGAUAUUCUAAAAUUGCUAUUCUUUCCCUUUUUCUUCCUUUUUGUCUUCAGCAAUACUUUUUUUUAUGCUAAUUGAAAAAAAAACAUAACUUAAUAUGACACUCAAAAUUUGCUCCACCUCAACGUAAAAAAAAGGAAUAAAAAAUAUUUUUUUGUUUCCCUAGCGUAUUUUAUAUACAUGUAAAUAUAUACAUUUAUGUACAAUAGAAUAGUGCAUUAUUUUAAAUUAGUGCUAGUGUUAGUGUUUUUUUUUUUUUUUUCAUCACCCAUCAGCUAAAAUUACGCAAAAAAUUUCGUAAAUAUGUAAUUCAUGCAGCGUACAUUUAUGCGUUAUAUACAUAUUUUAAUGGUGUUUUAUAUCCCCUUUGUGUUUUUUUCAUUCUUUGAAUGAUAUAUUUGCCAUUUAAAAUCAAUCACAUUUACUUUGCAUACUGCGCGAUAACGAUAAACGAUUUUUAAUUUUUGCAAAACGGAAUUGUAAUAAAAUUACCUUAAUUUUAAUUUAAUUUUUAACUUUUAUUUCAAUUUAAACGUUAGUUUGUAGUAUUUUUUUUUUGGAUUAUUGUGCAAUAAAUGUUUACGCAGGAAUUGUUUUACGCAAGAAUGUACAUUUUCUACGCAUUUUAACAUAACAUAUAAUCACUGGAGUUGCGCAUUUUACUUGCCAUUUUAAUUGAAACGCUUGAAAAAAGGUAUUAAAAAGCAUUAAAAAGUAUUAAAAAGUGUUAAAAAGUGUUAAAAAGUGCCAAGCAAUAAGUAAAAAAAACACCACGUAGUGUAAUGCUGAGUAUUACACAAAGGAAAAAUCAUUAUAUAGUAAAUUAAAUAAAUUAUUUUUUAAUUACUAUAAUGAUUUAAAAACUUUAAAUUAUCAAUGAGAGAAAGGACAAACUGUAAAUCACACCUCUUUAUUAUAACUCUUACCGUUACCCUUUUCAUAUCGACCUGGAAUCAUUUAUAUGAUUCACUCACCACUGCUAAUACGUGGGACAAACGAAUCUUCCCUCAAAAUAGCACGUUACACACAGCACCAGGUAGAAUAUUAAAGGGUGAUAUUGAACUAGGAACGCAACAACGAUUUAAGGAGCUAAAAGAAAGAAUUAUAAAUUUGUUAGAUGAAGAUGAUGAGUCGUUCAAAGAAAGAUUUAACGCACUAACACACGAUGGGAUAUUUAGAAAAGAAUAUGAUGAGUUGAUGACCGAGUACAAUCUUGAAAAACUGUCGAAUGCACUAAAACGGUAUGAUGACUUUGAAAAAAGAGUAAAUCCCUUCAAAAAUAAUAGGCGUAAAAAAUCGCGUAGGUAUAUAAACGGUGAUAAUGAAUUGAAAAAUCAAUAUGACGAAUUUAAAUAUUACGAUGAUGAUUACGAAGGAACCAAUCGUGCAUUCUAUUAUGUAAAUGACUUUCGAAUAAGGCAGAGAGCAAAGAGGCUCAGAUAUCCCCAACGGCUUAGAAGGAAACCUAGAGCGAAAAAGGACAAAAGGCCAAAGAUAUUUAAAUAUUUAAACACCGCUAUUUCAAAGAUAAAGGCAAAAAAACCAACUUCCUAUAUAGCUCCUUAUAACAAUAAUAAAUAUGGGCUCAAACCUACUAGCAAAAAUAGAAAAGCCAUGUAUCACAUGGAAAAUUUUAAAUUCCAGCUUUCACUAUUUUCUGUAAAAUUGUUAAAAGCAAUUUUAAUCGUACUAUACUAUACAACUAACGAAGUUAUUGGUUUACUUCUUCCAUAGGUAAUAUUACAAUCUUUUAUUUAUUUCAUUCAAAAAUUGCAGAAAUGUAUAAGAGAACAAAUAACACACUUCUUAUGCAAAAUAAAUAAAGAUUUCAGUACCCUUAUGGUUAUUCAGCCAAAAAAUAUUUCCACUUAAAUCUUCAAAUUUGACAGUACUGAUUGUUUUGGGAUGCACUUAAACUUUUAUUUCC